AUGAUAUUUCAUUCCCAGAAUGCCACAGGAGGAGCCUCACGAGACACUAAUCAGCCUGCAGACUCAGAGAGCAGGAAUGAACUGGAGGAAGGGGGCGUGGCCUGUUCCGUGAUAGUGUGUGACAUCGAUCCAAAAGUUCCAGGUGUGAGGGAUGGAAAGAAUGAUCCCUGGUCAUGUGACAGCUCUGCAUCUUCCUCUGACAGUGAGGAUGAUGAAGAAGACAAGAAAAAGAAGAAAAAGCUGAAGAAGAAAAGAAGCAAGAAGAAUUCCCUUCUUAUGCAAUUAGGGGAAAGGGCUGGAGGGCAGAACCAACACGCACACCCACAGAAAAAGAAGUCCAGCUCAUCUUCCUCAUCAUCAUCUUCCUCGUCAUCCUCAGACAGGGACAGCAGUGAGGAUGAAAAGAAGAAAAAGAAGAAAAUGAAAAUCAGCGAGACUGCAGAGCCGGGGAUUCUCACAGGUCUGGAGGGAAACACUGAAUUAACUCCUGCAGGAGAAACUAAAGGAGACGAGGAGAAGAAAAAGAAGAAAGACAAAGAUGCAGCUGCAAUCACUUCAGACAGUGAGAAUGAAAAGAAGAAGAAGAAGAAGAAGAAGAAGCAGAAGAAGGAUAAGAAAAAGAAGAAGAAGGAUUCCAGCUCAUCUUCCUCCUCAGACAGUGAGGAUGAUCACAAGAAGAAAAAGAAGCAAAACCAAGAAGAAGAAGAGGAAGACUCCAGCUCCUCUUCAUCAUCCGACAGCAGCUCCUCAUCCUCCUCAGACAGCGACAAUGACAAGAAGAAGAAGAAAGAGUCAUCUUCAUCAUCGAGUAGCUGUUCAUCAUCAUCUGACAGUGAUGAUGACAAGAAGAAGAAGAAGAAAGUAAAGGAUUCUUCUUCAUCUUCAUCAUCAUCAAGUAGCUCCUCAUCUUCUUCUGACAGCGAUGAUAAGAAAAAGAAGCAAAAGAAAAAGAAGAAAGCAAAAUCAGCUGAUAAGGAUGGAGAAAACUCCUCGCUGAAGAUUGAAGGAGAGUCAGGGGGUUUGGGGUCAUCCGGCACGAGAGAUUACAGCUGUGGCUCUCAGAUUUCUUCAUCUCUAGUUUACUCUAGCCUGCCUUCUGAAACCCUGAGCCGCACAGAGAGCAGCAGCGCCUCCCGCAGGCCUCUGACUGCCAUAGAGAGCCUGAUGGGACAUCCUCAGAGAAACACACUGGGGACAGACAGAGUCACGACCAGCAGAUACACCUCACACUUCACAUCGUAAGAAACACUUACACAAAAGCACCAUGGCAGUACCAUGUUUUGGGGGGUUUAGAGUGCUGCAGUGAUGACGUAUGUUUGUAUGACUCCUACAUGAUUCUUACAUCACAAAUGUGACCCUGCAGCACAAAAGCAGUGUUAAGUCGCUGGGGUAUAUUUGUAGCA